AUGUCCAUGGUAUCUACUAUAACGCCUAGUGCGGCCAAUUUUUGCUUUCCAGCACAACCACAGGCGCCCACGUCGCGAAGCUCACCUUCGCGUCCCCGUCCAUCCAGAGCAUCUUCUCCUCCAUCCGCAUCGUUACAAGUAGAGGCUGGUCCUUUACUUGGCAAGGAGUCUCAGGCUACUCUGGUUGUUCCGGGGAUCGACUCUAAUACUUCAACUGGUGCUACUGGUCGAUCUCCUUCUAGACCAGCUCAUCAUUCUCAUAGAAGAUCGGCAGCUGUUUCGCAUGACUUUAAUGCUUCACCUUUGUUCACUGCCACGUCUCCCAAGGAAUCUCCGGCUGUUGGCUCGACUAGUCCUCUAUAUCAUCCUUACAGUCGCUCACCAACGUUAACAUUUGCAUCUUCGUCCUUUUCUCCUCAACCACAAUCGUAUACAUUUUCUGCAUCGUCUUCUUCUCUUCCAUUAGAAGAGUCUGGCACUGCCAAGUCACCCAAGAAGAAGGCUGUCAAGGUUUCCUUUGCAAAUGAGCCAAUAAUUGGUGGUACAACCAAUAAUUCCACUGGCAAUUCUACUACUACUAGUAGCAAUCAUGGCCGGACUCUUUCAUUAUCUGAGACUCAGUCGACGUCUGCAUCAGGUUCUCAUACCCGUACUCCCACUACUGUGAGCUCAGCUCUGAACAAGCCCAACUCGACCUAUGAUGGCACUACCGAGCUUAAUAGAUGUGUCAGCACUCCGGGCAUGAUCAAAGUAUCUACUGCAGGCUCUAUCUCGUCGAAUUCCAGCAUUAUUAAUAGUAAAGGGGUAUCCAAGUCGAGAUCUCGUCGUCACCGUCAUAAGAAGGUCAGAUCUUGGGCUGGUCAUCUAAUUCGUUUUGGUUCAUCUAAGAAGGAAGCUAAAACACAUGGUGGUGCACCUGCUGUAGACUCACCAUUAUCCCGUAUGGAUAUCGAUCUCGACGAUGAUGAAGAUUCCAGUGCUGAAGAGCUUUUGCACUCAUCUUCAUAUAUUCCCGCAGUGUUGUUCGAUGACUCGAUGGAUUUCACCAGAUUUAGCGAUACAAUUGUUAGCCCUGAACCAAAAAUCGAUCUCGAUGCCGCUCUUGGACCGUUUCGUACGCCAUCUUUAUCGACCGACUUAGAAUUUGGCAGUCACCAGUAUUUCCAUAGGAGAUCAGAAUCUGCCCCGGAAAUGACUUUGGGCCCUGCCUUUCGAGGAAUGAAGAGAAAAAUGGGUCCAGUAGUUGAAGAAGAGCCUGAUGCUGAGCACAACGAAGAGGAGUCUACUACCACGGCAUUCUCAAAUGUAUCUAUCUCGCCUGUUCGACCAGUAGCAAAUGUAGCUGCAAAUCUGACGACUGCUCCUGCUAUUGAAGCACCUAGUAUCAUCGCCAAGCCUCCUUCUCCAACCAUUCCAGCACCACGUUAUUAUACAUCUCGUGGAUACAAAUCGAAUGGAGGAUCGCCCACUAUUGAUCAGACUCCCAAGUCGCCAGAGAUGAACAGUGUUUUCAGCAACAGUACGACGAGUAUCAAUACCAUUGACGAGAAGCCUCAGAUAGACGAGCCACCUGCUGCUGCCACUAUAAUCCGAGUUGUGAAUCAGUUUUCCGAGAUUGACGACGUUCCCACUGUGGACUCCCUCGACGCACAAGAUGGAUUGGACCUGGGCGAACCCGGUCCCGAAAUCAGAUGCUCUUUCGACAGUUCAAGCAUGAGAAGUAAACAACGACUUGCAUCUCCCCACCCAUCCACCGCCUCGUUCCGCGGUGUACAAACAACCCAAUCGACUGCAGGACAGAACCGUACCCCCAUGAACAAUAAUAUCAACAGCAACCGUUUGAGCACGCUCCUGGGCCGCAGACCAUCACAAGAGUCAACCUCUGUAUCAUUCAAUGGCUCCCUCAGCUCGAGCAAACGCAAUCCCGCCAGCCGAGUGUGGGGUUGGAUCCGAGGCAAGAGAUCCACCUCACAACAACGACGUGAGUGA